CAAUGAUUGAAUAUUUGCAUGAAGAUUCCCCCAUCGUAUGAACUGCUCCUAUCUCUAAGUGAAGAAAGGACGUGAUCAAUUUCACCUCUGUGAGGCGUCCCAGCCUUUGAUAUAGAUUGGUCAGUCAAUCAAUUGCAGCGAUCUUCGCCUGGAACCAAGAAGAUUGAAGAAGCGAGUCUCGCAAUCCUCGAAAUUAGGAUUGGAGUGAUGCUUAUUAUAUAUAUAUCCAUCGGGCUACAACGCUCUUGCAACCAAGCUUCUUCCUUCAACGACUCGUCGUGUCAACCAAACACAAGACAUCAUGACUGCGCAACUUGCUCGCAUGGGAGAGGAGCUAGAGAAGGUAGACCAGGUAAUGCCAGCCAGAACCGCAUUCGAUACAGCCUGGAAUCUCUCCGUUGGGUCACUCGUUGAAGAUGCUCACGACGGUCCUCGCGCCGUAAGCUUCAAUUUGGCACGAGAUCAGGCGUAUGAAGCGAUGAGCAACACCCAAUAUUACAACGACAUCAUUGAAAACAAGACGUACGAGGCCGACUCGAUUCACUGGUUAAUCGAACACAAGGUCAGAGGUCACCAUGGCCGAGAGAAACUAACCUCUUUCACCCCUCAAGUCACCUUCGUCAGUACCCGAGCUGAUCCCACAAAGAAGGAGAUCACUUUGAAAGGUUCCGCCUGGAAGGCGGGUACUUCUACUCCAGUAUCACAAUACUUGGAUAGCAAACGGGUCUGGGAUGAAGAGUUGACGAGGCAAGAGCCUAAAGGACUGCCAACCUCAUCUCAAGCCAAACAGAAUUCGAAGGUGGCAUUCGACUCGGCUUGGCUAUCGCUUACUAAAGGAGUUCACGAUCAACAAGACGGCGUCGGGGUGACGUCCGCUACCCAUUCUCGUACCUCCUCCGGUUCGGGCUUCGGUUCCAAACUCAAGCUGGUGUUUGGAACCAAAGAUUCUGGUCCGGUCUGGCAAGAGUUCAACAGCUUGCCAGUCACGUGGUUCCGGUGUGCUGAGAUUGGGGCUCUUGGGAAGGCAAGCGAUAGCAAUGCUGGUGGUGAUGACCCGGCGAGUACUGAUGCUCCGGAUCUGAGUACUGGCACCGGCAGUCAGCUGCCUGGCGAGUAAAAAUCCCGAGACUUGAUCACGCCUGCGGGCUUUACAGCCUCUGAACCGACAGAGCUUAGGAGUUCCGGUAGAGAUACAGUGACCCGCAUGAAUGCAGAGACUGUGAACGAGA